UCUUUUCCCAGCAUGCACCGCGAGUGAGCGGCAGCAUCACAUCAGACCAGCGGACGCAGAGGAGAUUAUAGCGGAAUAUCUGUGUGUCAGAUUGAACCAGGAGGUGAAGAUGUCUGAAGAGAUGGAGGAGAAGAUCAAGAACUACAGGACGGCUCCUUUUGACGCCCGCUUCCCCAACACCAACCAGACCCGCAACUGUUACCAGAACUAUCUGGAUUUCCACAGAUGUACUAAAGCUCUGUCUGCUAAAGACCAGGACACGGCUCCCUGCGAUUGGUACCAGAGGGUCUACAAGAGUCUGUGCCCCAUGAGCUGGGUUCAGAAAUGGGACGAUCAGUUGGAGGCGGGAAGCUUCGCGGGAAAGAUCUGAACCCGGCACCCUUCUUUCUCCAUCCCUCUCCUCGUUUCCUCAUCUCCUUCUCUUAAUGUGAAGCGUCUGCUCUUUCUGUACAGAGGCGACUUAAUAAAUUAUAUAAUGUUACUGUGAA